AUGUCAGCCUCUCUGCCUGCCGUAGAAGUACACAAUUUGCAUUACCACUUUGCAUCGAGUACUUCUUCGGCACUAGAAGGAUGUGAUUUGGUGUUGGAACGCGGUGCUCGUUGCCUGUUGAUCGGUGCAAAUGGUGCUGGUAAGAGCACGCUCCUUCGCCUGCUCGCUGGAAAGCGUCUGUGCGAGGCCAACAUUCUUGUGUUCGGACAAGAUGUAUUUCAUUCCCCACCAUGUGGUAUCACGUUCCUAGGCACUGAAUGGGCUAUGAAUCCAGUCGUGCGAGGUGAUAUCACUGUAAGUGACUUUCUCGAUUCGGUGGGUGGCUUUCGCUUCAGCGAACGACGCGAUAUGCUGCUAGACCUUCUAGAUGUCGAUUUGUCCUGGAAAAUGCACAUGAUUAGCGAUGGCGAGAGACGACGUGUCCAGCUUUGUAUGGGGCUUAUGGCGCCCUGGGACUUGCUCCUACUGGAUGAAGUGACCGUGGACCUGGACGUGCAGGUCCGCUGCGAUCUACUCGACUUUCUGCGCAAGGAAAGUGAGAUGCGCGGAGCAACCAUUGUAUAUGCAACGCACAUCUUUGAUGGCAUACACGACUUCCCCACGCAUAUUGUCCAUUUGCAGAUGGGCCGUACGACCUCACCUCUACCUCUGCCCUGGCCGUUGCAUCUGGACGCAAACACACAUCCUGAUAUCCUCACUUGCCUCCCUACAUCCAUUAAGGAAACUAUUCAAUCAAGUACUUCUACCUAUUCACCUGCGCUAUUGCCGUUGGCACUUGCUUGGCUUCGCGAAGACCGCGUUUUGCGUGAACAGUACGAGCAAAGCCGAGGUGUAAAGCGCGGCCGUAUUGUCAGUGGAGAAACUAAGGAUGCAAAGAAAUUUUUCAGUCAAUAUGACUACUACUCCAACUAUACGAGGUGA